CCUUCACCCGAGCGGACGAAAACACUCAAGCUUGCAGAGAUCUUUCACUUUAAUCCUUGAGAAUUCGCAAAAAUGGCUGAAAAGGCAGUUACCAUCCGAACCAGGAAAUUCAUGACCAACAGACUUCUCUCCAGGAAGCAGUUCGUUAUUGAUGUUCUUCACCCUGGAAGAGCCAAUGUUUCAAAGGCUGAGCUGAAGGAGAAGCUAGCAAGGAUGUACGAGGUGAAGGACCCAAAUGCUAUCUUUGUUUUCAAAUUCAGAACCCACUUUGGAGGUGGUAAAUCAUCCGGGUUUGGUUUGAUCUAUGAUACUGUUGAGAGCGCCAAGAAGUUUGAACCCAAAUACAGACUUAUCAGGAAUGGACUUGACACUAAGAUUGAGAAGUCAAGGAAACAAAUCAAGGAAAGGAAGAACAGGGCGAAGAAAAUCCGUGGUGUUAAGAAGACAAAGGCUGGUGAUCCCAAGAAGAAGUGAGAUCCUGAAGAGAGAAUCUUUAUCUUGUGGGUUCUUGUUCUCCAUAAUCAAUCACCUUUUAUGUUAUUUAUCUGCUGUUAGAUCGUUUCUCCAACUAGACAUGUUUACUGAAAUCUCCGAUUUUCGUUUAUUUUGUUUCGGUCAAUUUAUGUUUUAAGUUUAGAGGAACAUAUGAUCUAAGGUUUUGUUCAAUACAUCUAUUUAAACUAU